AGCCCCACCCUCACCGGAGCCUCUCCUCUGCCCUAGAUGACAGCGCCUCGGCGGCCAGCAGCAUGGAGGUGACCGACCGCAUCGCCUCCCUGGAGCAGCGGGUGCAGAUGCAGGAGGACGACAUCCAGCUUCUCAAGUCGGCGCUGGCCGACGUGGUGCGGCGGCUGAACAUCACCGAGGAGCAGCAGGCCGUGCUCAACAGGAAAGGACCCACCAAAGCGAGACCCCUGGCGCAGACCCUGCCUCUGAGAACCACAGUCAACAAUGGCACCGUGUUACCAAAGAAACCCAGUGGCUCUUUGCCGUCCCCCUCGGGGGCCAGGAGAGAACCCGCUGUGCCGGCAACCAAAAGCAUCAAGAGGACCAGCUCUUCUGAGCGAGUGUCUCCUGGGGGCCGGCGGGAGAGCUACGGGGAUUCCAGAGGGAACCGGAACCGCACGGGUUCCACCAGCAGCUCCUCCAGUGGGAAGAAGAACAGCGAGAGCAAACCCAAGGAGCCCGUGUUCAGUGCAGGGAAGCGCCGCGUGACGCACUGCAAAGAAGAAGGAUACGUAAAAAUGUUUCUCCGUGGACGCCCGGUCACCAUGUACAUGCCCAAAGAUCAAGUGGACUCCUACAGCUUGGAAGCAAAAGCAGAGCUGCCAACCAAGAGACUGAAGCUCGAGUGGGUCUACGGGUACCGGGGUCGAGACUGCCGGAAUAACCUGUACCUGCUUCCGACGGGGGAGACCGUGUACUUCAUUGCCUCCGUGGUGGUGUUGUAUAAUGUGGAGGAGCAGCUGCAGCGGCACUACGCCGGUCACAGUGACGACGUGAAGUGCCUAGCAGUCCACCCGGACAGGAUCACUAUAGCCACGGGACAAGUUGCAGGCACCUCCAAGGAUGGAAAACAACUGCCCCCACACGUGCGCAUCUGGGACUCGGUGACGCUGAAUACCCUCCACGUCAUUGGAGUGGGGUUUUUUGACCGCGCCGUCACCUGUAUCGCGUUCUCAAAAUCUAACGGAGGAAGCAACCUCUGUGCCGUGGAUGACUCCAACGACCACGUGCUGUCCGUGUGGGACUGGCAGAAAGAGGAGAGACUGGCCGACGUGAAGUGCUCUAACGAGGCGGUGUUCGCCGCCGAUUUCCACCCCACGGACGCCAGCGUCAUCGUGACCUGCGGGAAGUCGCACCUCUACUUCUGGACCCUGGAAGGAGGCUCCCUCAUUAAGAAGCAAGGGUUGUUCGAGAAACAAGAGAAGCCAAAGUUUGUCCUCUGUGUGACGUUUUCUGAAAACGGUGACACCAUCACUGGAGAUUCAAGCGGCAACAUCUUAGUGUGGGGAAAAGGUACGAACCGAAUAAGCCAUGCAGUUCAAGGGGCCCACGAAGGCGGCAUUUUUGCACUCUGUAUGUUAAGAGAUGGCACCCUGGUGUCGGGAGGAGGCAAGGAUAGAAAGCUCAUAUCUUGGAAUGGGAACUACCAAAAACUUCACAAAACAGAGAUCCCAGAACAGUUUGGUCCAAUACGGACAGUGGCCAAGGGGAAAGGAGACGUCAUCCUGAUAGGCACAACCAGAAACUUCGUGCUACAGGGCACGCUGGCCGGGGACUUUGCGCCCAUCACUCAGGGCCACACUGACGAGCUCUGGGGGCUGGCCAUCCAUGCCUCCAAACCUCAGUUCUUGACCUGUGGGCACGACAAGCACGCCAUUCUCUGGGACGCUGUGGGUCACCGGCCUGUCUGGGACAAGAUAAUAGAGGAUCCAGCUCAGUCUUCUGGUUUUCAUCCUUCAGGGUCUGUGGUUGCCGUUGGAACACUGACCGGGAGGUGGUUUGUGUUCGACACGGAAACGAAGGACCUGGUCACCGUCCACACGGAUGGGAACGAGCAGCUGUCUGUCAUGCGGUACUCACCAGACGGGAACUUCCUGGCCAUCGGCUCUCACGACAACUGCAUCUACAUCUACGGGGUCAGCGACAACGGGAGGAAGUACACGCGCCUCGGCAAGUGCUCCGGUCACUCUAGCUUCAUCACGCACCUGGACUGGUCCGUCAACUCCCAGUUCCUCGUGUCCAACUCCGGAGACUAUGAAAUCCUCUACUGGGUCCCCUCUGCUUGUAAGCAAGUCGUCAGUGUGGAGACCACGAGAGACAUCGAAUGGGCCACGUACACCUGCACUUUGGGCUUCCACGUAUUCGGAGUGUGGCCGGAAGGCUCGGACGGAACUGACAUCAACGCCGUCUGUCGGGCCCGCGAGAAAAACCUGCUGUCCACAGGCGACGACUUCGGCAAAGUGCACCUCUUCUCCUACCCGUGCGCUCAGUUUAGGGCCCCAAGCCACAUAUACGGCGGGCACAGCAGCCACGUCACCAACGUGGAUUUCCUCUGUGAAGACAGCCACCUCAUCUCCACGGGCGGGAAAGACACCAGCAUCAUGCAGUGGCGGGUCAUUUAGUCCCCGCGAGAACAAGGGCCACCCAGCGCGCCCUGGACUCUCAGACUCGCGCUACACUUGGUCACUGUGAUUUCUGUUUUGUUAAAAAAAAAAAAAAAAUCUUACAAACCUCAGGAAAACUAUGCCCUCUGCCGGUUACCUUAGCUUAGGCGUGACGCACGUGGCGUCACAUCAGCGGUGCCGUUCUCGCUUUUCUAGAACAAUCUACGAAACAGUGCACGUGAACACAAAGACGGUUCCAAAGUUUCCUCUUUGAUGGCGUCAACAGGAGGAACUGGUGUAACCUUAGUUAUCUUUUCUAUGAACUCUUCAAAAAUGGUCACAGAAUGCCUUCUAAAAUAUUGUACAUACUCUCUCCUGUCUCGCCACCACACUUGCUAAGCCCAAUAUUUAUGUUGCUGAUGAUGAUAAGGUACUGAACCAUGAUCACUGUUGAUGACUUGGUCCUGGGAGGAAAAGUCACUCGGGAGGAGACCGAAUCGCUGAUUUGCACAGCCGAAUCAGGAGACGCAAAGAUAGGAGACUUUCUUUGCUUACAUUUUUCUAAGGUUUUGUAAAUCCUCGCUCUGGGAGACUGGCGAGAAAGGGGUCCUCUUCUACUCCCGGCUACCCUAAAUAUUUCGGCAGGGUAUACGGGCAUCCCAGAACUCCAGCCACCGCGCCCUGCCCACCCCCACACAGCCGCCCGGUGCCCCUCCGCUCCCGAUCAUGUGCUGCACUGCUGGCGAGACGCUCAGCCACCUCCCUCUGUAUAUUAACGGGCAUGCUAUGGUAUUGUACUUGUAUAGGAUCUUAGCAGUUCAUAAUAAAUACACAUGGCUAGGCGUUGCUGUUUUCCACCAUGGACCCUGUGCGUUUGUAUCUUGCGACCAACAGGCCAAGUCGGAAAGACCUCCGGAGUGUGCCGCCAGCCGCGGAGGGGAGAAGUCUCCAUGGCUCUGCCAGGGACCGAGGGCGGCUUCCUCUCCUGUGUGGUGCGGGACGGCUCCUUACAGCACAGAAUGAGGCCUCACCCACAGUGUGACAGAUUGGGAUUUAUUGUUUACACUGGGCCAUGUACCUUGGACUUUUAAAUAGAAGAGAAAUAACCAGACUUCAGAACACCCGAAGACUCUCCCUGGGUCUAGGCAAGGCGAUGCGCUGAAUUUUCUCAACUCUGCGGCCCUGGUCGCUUAGUGGCUGUUUCCAGGCCACCCGGAAGUGUCCCCCCGCAUCUCCCGCAGGCUGUGGAGCAGGCACCCGGCGACGGCGUGGGUCCUCAACAAAUAUGUGCUGUAACUGAAAUAAAAUCUGCAAAGUGCGUUUCUUAUGGACCUAUCUUCAUGAAAAUAUAUAAAUUAAACUAUUUAAAAUUA